GCGUGGGUUUAGUGAUGCAAUAGAGAUUAGAGAAGAAACCUCAAAUCGCCAAAUGUCUAAUAUGAAGCUAAUUUAUCGGAACAUGAAGAACCGGUCGUGUUGCUGAGGAUUUUCUGCUGAAUCUGUGACGACCAUUGUUUGGAAGCCAAUCAAUGUCUAAUCCAGGGCAAUUUACCUGUCACACGAUGACCAAUUACGUCUCAAUUUUUGGGGGUCUAAUUUGGAUGACGCCAUUGGAGACCCGAUCCGAGAAACGUAGGAAGAAAAUAAGAGGGAAGGGAGAGACAGAGAGGAGAGAGAAGAAGAAAGGAAGAAAAAAAAAAAAAAAAACAUGGAAGAAAAACAUUGCAGGCAACCUGUUCGACGAAAUGCCUGACUGAGUAUUUGCUCAUAUGAACAUCGAGAUUGAUCAAUGGAGGUCUGUGAUGUAUCAUUCAGGGGAAGAACAUUGUGAAUCGGUAGGUUUGGAUCAGCCAUGAAGGCAUGGGAGGCGACGGUCCGGAAGACGCAGGCGGCGGCGAAGAAGCGCGCCAACACGAUAUUCGGGACGUCGUACGCUGUGGAGAACGACGAGGAAAGCAGCAACGAUCAAGACGAGGAAAUGCACGCCAACGGCGAGGUGUAUCAGGCCGAGAAGUUUCUGUCAAACGGCGACUAUUACACCGGAAAUUGGGCCGAUAACUUGCCCCAUGGCAAGGGCAAGUAUUGGUGGACCGACGGGUGCAUGUACACCGGCGAAUGGUUCAAAGGGAAGAUGAUGGGGAAGGGUACGUUCAGCUGGCCGUCGGGGGCGAUUUACGAUGGCAAUUUCAAGAGCGGGUUCAUGGACGGCGAGGGGACGUACACGGGAUCGAACGGCGGGGUGUACAAAGGUUCUUGGGUGAUGAAUUUGAAGCACGGCCACGGCGCGAAGGAAUACGAGAUCGGCGACGUCUACGACGGGCAAUGGAGUCGAGGAUGGCAAGAAGGCGAAGGGAAGUACCAAUGGAAAGACGGGACCUUUUAUACCGGCGAAUGGAAACGGGGAAAGAUGUGCGGCCUCGGAAAGAUGUUCUGGCCGGACGGGAAAGUUUACGAGGGAAAUUGGGAGGACGGAAUGCCGAAGGGGACGCUAACGAUCAAAUGGCCCAACGAGAGUUUCGACGUCGGGAAUUGGACCGUCGAUCCGAUGGAACAGAACGGGACGUAUUACCCGCCAGGGUCGAACCCGGAAGGGAGUCUCCAAUGGGAUUCGCAACAAGUUAACGACGAGUUGAAGGAUUACAAGGUUUAUCCCGAGGAGAAAGUCCCAGUAUGGCCGUCGCAGAAGAGGCUCGCUAUAUGGCGAUCUUCGAUGGGAUCCGACGGCAGCGGCUGCGGGAGUGGCAGUGUCCGGCCGAGACGACUUUCGGUCGACGGGAGAAUAGACGCCGCCAUGGAUAAAGAAUUGGGAGGCGGGCUGCGAUUAUCCGACGGAGCUGCGCCGUCGUCUUGGACGGCAAGCAUGUCGGCGAGAUACAACGGCGAUGAUCGUUCCUUACCGACUUCGUAUUCCGAGCCGGUGUCGAGAGGCAAACCUAUCCGAAUACCGAAAGCGAUUAAGCGACAAGGCGAAACGAUAUCGAAAGGGCAUCGAAACUACGAUCUAAUGCUGAAUUUGCAGCUCGGAAUAAGGCAUUCGGUUGGGAGACCCGGGCCGCCUCCGUCCCUCGACCUGAAGUCGUCGGCUUUCGACCCGAAGGAGAAGUACUGGACGAAGUUUCCUCCGGAAGGUUCAAAGUACACGCCGCCACACCAAUCGUGCGAGUUCAAGUGGAAGGAUUACUGCCCGAAAGUGUUCCGGACAUUGAGGAUGUUGUUCAAGGUCGAUCCGGCCGACUACAUGCUUUCGAUAUGCGGUAACGAUGCGCUGCGCGAACUGUCCUCGCCCGGGAAGAGCGGGAGCUUCUUCUACCUGACGAACGACGAUCGAUACAUGAUCAAGACGAUGAAGAAAGCCGAAGUAAAAGUGCUUUUACGUAUGCUAAACGCGUACUACAACCACGUCCGAGCGUUCGAGAACACGCUCGUGACGAAAUACUACGGCCUGCAUUGCGUCAAGUUGAACGGGCAGAAAGUACGGUUCAUCAUCAUGGGGAACCUCUUCUGUUCCGAGUACUCGAUCCACCGAAGAUACGACUUGAAAGGGUCGACGUUCGGGCGCCUGACGGAUAAACCCGAAGCGGAGAUAGACGCAACGACGACGCUCAAGGACCUCGAUCUCAACUUCCUAUUUCGCCUGCAAAAGACAUGGUAUCAAGAAUUUCGAAGACAAGUUGACCGAGACUGCGAAUUCCUCGAGCAAGAAAGGAUCAUGGACUACAGCCUUCUGGUCGGGCUACAUUUCACGGAAUUGACGAACGACGAGGCGACUCCGCUGAGCGCCCCAUCGCUUGUCGACAGCAGCGGCGCCUCCGACACGGAAUCGCUCCCUCGUCUCUCAAGAGUCGACGUCGACCAGCUGCUAUUAGACCCAGCAGGGUGGGCGAGCAUAAAGCUCGGGAUCAACAUGCCGGCAAGGGUCGAGAGAACGGUGAGAUCGAGCGAGGCGGAGAUUCAGUUGGUAGGCGAACGGACGGGGGAAUGCUACGACGUGAUCAUGUUCUUCGGGAUCAUCGACAUCCUACAAGACUACGACAUUACGAAGAAACUCGAGCAUGCAUACAAGUCGAUCCAGUACGAUCCGAGCUCGAUCUCGGCCGUCGAUCCGAGAAUGUACUCUCGGCGUUUCCGGGACUAUAUUUUCAGAGUUUUUGCAGAGGAUACUUGAGGAAGAUGAAGAUGAAGAAGAUGAUCAAGAUGUACAUUGAAGAGGUUUAAUUUAAUUUCUUCAAGUGUAGUUUUUUUUGAAAUUUUUUUGAUUUUUUUUGCAUAUAUAUUUUGGUUGUUGGAAUUCUUGAUGUAAUGUUGUUUAAGCCCAAUUUGAUUUGGGAAUGGUUUGGUAUAGUGAAUGAACAGAAAUUCUGCCAGAUAGCCACAAAGUUAGGUUUUUUUAUUUUAUUUUAUUUUUUUUCAUUCUUUUGGUUCUAUUUGUAAACACUUCUUGCAGAUUUCUGAGUC